CAACUUCGUCAACAGCUACAGCGACUGCUAGCAUUCAACUAUGAAUGUGAACCAAGGGACAGUUGGGAGCGACCCGGUCAUCCUGGCCACGGCUGGGUAUGAUCACACUGUCCGGUUCUGGCAGGCCCACAGUGGAAUCUGCACCAGGACGGUUCAGCAUCAGGACUCUCAGGUAAACUCACUUGAAGUUACACCUGACAGGAGUAUGAUUGCAGCUGCAGGUUACCAGCACAUUCGUAUGUACGACCUGAACUCCAACAAUCCCAACCCGGUGAUCAAUUAUGAUGGCGUUAGCAAGAACAUUACAUCUGUGGGCUUCCAUGAGGAUGGACGCUGGAUGUACACAGGAGGGGAAGACUGCAUGGCCCGCAUCUGGGACCUGAGGUCCAGAAACCUACAGUGUCAGAGGAUCUUCCAGGUUAAUGCUCCCAUCAACUGUGUUUGUCUGCAUCCCAACCAGGCAGAACUAAUUGUGGGAGACCAGAGUGGAGUUAUUCAUAUCUGGGAUCUAAAGACGGACCACAAUGAACAGCUGAUUCCUGAACCAGAUGUCUCUGUCAACUCUGUCCAUAUUGACCCAGACGCCAGUUACAUGGCAGCAGUCAAUAGCUCGGGGAACUGCUACGUGUGGAACCUGGCAGGAGGCAUUGGAGAUGAGGUGACCCAGCUCAUUCCCAAGACAAAGAUCCCGGCUCACAAACGUUACUCUCUCCGCUGCAGGUUUAGCCCUGACUCCACUCUAUUGGCCACCUGCUCAGCAGACCAGACCUGUAAAAUCUGGAGGACAUCCAACUUCUCCCUGAUGACUGAACUGAGCAUCAAGAGCAACAACCCCGGGGAGACCUCUAGAGGUUGGAUGUGGGACUGUGCGUUCUCCGGUGACUCUCAGUACAUCGUCACUGCCUCCUCCGACAACCUGGCCCGCCUGUGGUGUGUGGAGACGGGGGAGAUCAAGCGGGAGUACAGCGGACACCAGAAAGCCGUGGUGUGUUUGGCCUUCAACGACAGCGUGCUCAACUGAAAAGGAGGAAGAGGUGAAGACAAGAGGAGGACAAGCAGGGAGGAGAUGGUAGAGAGUUCUAUAAACGAAUAUGGAGAAGAAGAAAACAAUAUGAAGGCCGGUUGGCACCGAAGAACUGCUGAAAGUGCUGUGUCUUUCCAUGUGAGUUGGAACAGUCCAAAUUCUUAAGAAAGUGAUUAUCCACUGAAUACUGACUCUGCAUACCUGACGGCUUGCUUUAGGCUAUUGAGUCCUCUACAUCUACAUCUCACUUUGCAGAGUAGGAUGCUCACUGUGGUAGCACGGCUGUAAUGUGUGAUCUAAGCCACGGUGGGGUCAACCUGGAAAAGCCCAUAACUCUUUUGUAAGCUGCACCACACAGGAUCAACCUGUGUCUGUAGCGUAGAGUCACAGCUCCCCGUUGCUACUGUAAAAACGAAGAGGAGUACGGGACGAUGAUGAUUUAGAUUCAGCAGUGUCACUGGUUCAGUAAAGCACCCUUCCUUCUAAGUCUCCUCAUGACCAUGUCUUGUCACUUUUCCCACUCAUACCAAAAGUUCUCACUGACGGUCACAAAGAAACCGAGGGAAGAGCCUUGUUUUUAAUCAGCACCGUGUUUAUCAAGAUGACCGUGUCAUCUGCAGUAGCCUCGGGAUGCAUCUGGUGUGUUAGAUUCAUUUCUGUAAUUACACAAGAUUCAGUUUGAUACUAUAUCCUGUAAAACCUCGUUGUUGUGAGGAAUAUUAACUCUGGCUGAAUACGUGUUAAGUGGACUGCGUAGAAAAUGACUCCCCAGUAAAAACAGUAAAAUAAGA